CUCGGCGAUAACUGCUUACUCAACAUGGGAAAAUCUUUGGAACAAGUUACAAUUCUAUCAAAUCCAGACUUUAGAUACUGGUCUCAAAUAUUACAGCCGAUGGUGGACACUGAAGAUUGGGCAUUUGUAGAUGAGGACUAUACUACAUGGAAAAAUUCUUUUGAAAAGUUUUGGCUGUUUACUGCUGUUGAGAAAGACACUGACGAAACCGUUGGAUGUAUAACUUUAGCAUUUGAUCGAUCCAUAUCUGGAAAAGAGGAUGAAGAGUUAUAUUACGUAGGAAUGUUUUAUGUGCGCGAAGAAUGGCGAGGAUCUGGAGUUGGUGUCGCACUAUUUGACAAAGUUAUGGAAAUUGCUCAUGGCUCGAAUAUGACUUUGCAUGGAGUUUUGAAAAUGUCGCAGAAGUACGCUACAAAAUAUGGAUUCGACAAAAUGCCAGAUUAUAAACAUGUCUUUGCGUCAGUACCUACUGAGCAUCUUGUUAUACCGGAGCCGGAUCAUAGUUACAUUUUAAAGGAUUUGAAAGACGUCGACGAAUCGAAGCUAGAAACUUACGACGCUGAAAUUUGCCAUAGAAGCCGAGCAAAUUAUCUACGAAAUUUCAUGAGUACGAAAGAUUGCUAUGUCAAGGUUGCUUUAGACCAAUCAGGUAAAAUCGUAGGAUUUUGCAAUGUUCGGUCAACAAUAGCGAAUACACUCUGUACUGGACCACUUUACGCAGAUAAUGAGGCCAUCGCAAAAUCUCUACUCGCUGGCGUUUUGUCCAUGAUCAAAGACAUCAAAAAAUAUAGAUACAUUGCAUCGCUGUUUCCUGACAUUAAUAAAGAAGCGCACGAUCUCUUUCAAUCGCUCGGAGGAGGCCACACCAAAAUUGCUCCUUUUACUCAAUGUGCCUUCACUAAGAAGGUUUUACCAAUACCGGAGCAGAAAGUAUUUGGAGUGAUCGAAUGUGCGAACAGUUUCGUCUGA